AUGGAUGCAAUCACGCUUGUGGCCUACACCUUUGAGGUUGGCUCCUCCCUUCUUGAGCGGUGCGAGCUGGUGAAGCAGUGCCAUACCGAGUCCGGUCGCAUCGCAGUCCGCACCGCCCGCGUGUUGGGUGCCCUCCAGAAAGCCUCGAAUGAGUUCUCCUGCAGAAUGGAGUUCGAAGCAAGCCUGAGGGAGCUCAAGAGGGUGCUGGAGGAGGCGCGCGAUCUCGUCUCCCGCUGCCAGAAGGCGAGAGGUGUCGGCGCGAAAAUCGGCGCUCUUAUGGGAGCGAACUCUCUGAAAGCGGGGUUGGUGCGAGUGGAACGCGACCUGGACCGCGCGGCGGCGGAUCUCCAAAUUCCGAUGUUGACGGAUAUCCGAAGAGCUGUUCAGUGCAUCAACGAGAGGGAGAGCGAAGCCACCGCCAGCCCAUCCGGCAUAGACGCAGAGAUGCUCGAGCAGGCUGUGCGCGACGCGAUCCGCAAAGAGCUCUGCAACACCAGCCAGGGCCGAGCGGUUGAUGAUAUCAUCAAAGACAACCUUUCCAAGCUCUACGAGGCGGAAGCGGCAGUAGCGGCGGAUCAGCAGGGGUACUCCCCUCCGCCUGAUGGCGCGGGAGGGAGGCCUUUGCUCUGCUCCGGACACGGAGAGGAGUGUGCACUGCGCACGACAAAGAAAGAAGGCCCCAACAAAGGGCGUCACUUCUAUAACUGCGCUAGGCCGGGCAACCAGCGGUGCUCAUCGUUCACUUGGGCCGACAAGAAGCCCGUCGCGGCGUCUACCUGGGGUGGGGAACGGGGAAGGGGAGGAGUUGGUGGCAGUGCAGCAGCGCCAGUGCUCAUGGGGGGAGGGAAAGAAGGCGGCGGCGGUGAAAGCAAGCCGCUGUGUAAGGGGCACCAGGAGCCCUGCAAGCUGCAAGUCACCAAGAAAGAGGUAAGUAUUCAACCUACAGAGGCUGUCCUCGCUGCCUGA